ACUAGUUUUUACCAUUUUCUUUAAUUUAUAUGAAGUAUGAUUACACAAUGUGUAGGUAGUGGUCGUUGAGCAUUACUUUGCUCUCUGCUUUUCUAAUUCGCACUUGGAAUCUGACAGAAGUUGCCAACUUCAGGAGCAGUCACCCUCAGAACUGAACCAAAGUGGACCAGCUGGUGGAAACCACUCCAGUUUUUUAUCACUGCUGCCCCCCCAUCAACCUUUCUCCCAACUCUGAGACUGCACCUCCUCCUCCCUCCUGACAGGGGAAACCAGAUAUUCCAGUGCCUGGAUGACUAAGGAAAGUUUCUUCAGACCUAUCCGAUGGCUGGCUCAUUUGACCCUCCUGCCUGGGGCCAGAUGACGAAUGGAGGCGGGCACCCCCACCUCAGCAAUGGAGGUCAGGGUGGGGGUUCCCGAAGCACCACACGCUACAAGCUGAGAAAACAGCAGCGCCACAGACACAGGUCCUCCUCUCCCAUGGGCAGGGUCAUUCUCAUAAAUGCACCUGUAGAUGGAGGAGAUGACUGUGAGGACAUUCACACGGUGACAGUCAAUAAGAGCCCAGAUGGUCGUCUUGGCUUCAGUGUCCGUGGGGGCUCUGAACAUGGACUAGGCAUAUUUGUCAGUAAGGUAGAGGAUGACAGCUCCGCAGAACAGGCUGGGCUCACUGUGGGGGAUAAGCUGGUGGAGGUGAAUGGGGUCAGCCUGGAGAGCAUCACCAUGAGCAGCGCUGUAAAGGUCCUCACAGGCAACAACAGGCUGAGGAUGGUGGUGAGGCGAGUAGGGAAGAUCCCAGGCAUCCGCUACUCCAAGGAAAAGACCACAUGGGUGGAUCUGAUUCACCGGCGGAUGGUGGUGGAGGAGAACGGUCGUACGCCUUCAGAGGCCAGCUCAGACAGCGCUCUCCGUCGCAUCAUACAUCUCUUCACCACAUCAGAUGACUACUGUCUGGGCUUUAACAUCAGAGGUGGCAAAGAGUUUGGACUGGGCAUUUAUGUCUCAAAGUUGGACCCAGGUGGACUUGCAGAACAGCACGGCAUCAAAAUGGGUGAUCAAAUCCUUGCUGCAAACGGGGUGAGCUUUGAGGACAUCACCCAUAGCGAUGCAGUUGAAGUCCUAAAGAGCCACACUCAUAUCAUGUUGACCAUCAGGGAAGUUGGAAGAUACCCUGCCUACAAGGAGAUGGUGGCAGAGUAUGGGUGGCUUGAUAAAUUAGCCAAUGGUGGUCCUGCACUGUCCUCUCAGGGUUCAGACUCCAACUCCUCUGUGUGCUCACUUUCCUCCAGCACCCCUGUCAGCUCCCUCAGUGGUCUAUCUCAGGUCCUUUUUCCUCCGGUUUUUCACUCAGAGAUGGUGGAUGUAGCCAUUUGCACAGAAGAUCAGUCCCGACGUCAAAGCAGAGCAGAGCAAACUGCAGACACUGCAAUACAGACUAACACCCUACCUUCAGGCUUUAUGGACCAGCCUUCAGCUGACAGGUUGGACUCUGUCCGAGUGGUUGGCACUGAAACCAGUCGGGCUGUUGGUGAAACAGUGCUGUUAAAGGACACGGUUGUACGUGGGAAAGGUGAGGGGCCAAAGGACAUGGGAGGAGCCAGAGAGCUGGGACAGGACCGGGUGGGGACACUGUCUGCUGGAGACAAAGGUACUGUAAGGCGGUCUCCAAAAACAGAAGCUCUGAUGGCUCUAAGCAAACCACGAAAGCCAAUCCGACGUUCCCAAAGCCACAUCACUGUGUCAGAGAAGAAGAGGAAGGGACAACAAAAGGAAAAGGGCUCAGCAGAAGGUAAAACAAACCUACAGCGCUCCAAAACCUUUGUCAACCUUUUGUUCAGGAAAGACCAUAAAGAGAAAAGACGCUCGAGGUCUCCGUCUCAUCAUCCUAAUGAAAACGAUCGCAGUCGUCCGUUCCAGCUCUUCUCAUCCCCAAGGGAAUCCCGUGCAGGCAGCCCACUUCCCCAUCAUGAGACGCUGCAGCAUGUGGAGAACAUGUCAAAGAAAUUGCUCAGUCCAGACGAGGUGGCUGCAGUUAUGAGACAUUGUCGGCGGUUUUUGUCUGACAAUGUGAUUGAAGAUUUGAUACGCCCUCUGCUGGCAAUCUUGGAUCGACCAGAGAAGCUGCUUCUACUCAGAGAAAUAAGAAUGCUGAUACCCACUACUGAGUUGGGUCGUUUUGACAGCCUGGUGAUGCCGUUUGAGCUGGAAGCCUAUGACAUUCUCAAGAGUCGUUCUAUACGCUCUCCAGCUCUUCGCUCACCUCGCAGUGGAACCCCUCGGCGUUACCUCAUCACUCCAGUACCAGAUUACAGGGGUGGAUUUCACCUUCAGCCAGUUCAUGAUACUCAACAGGAGCAUCAGCUACUCCAAGAGUUUGGGAGACUUCGUCUGGCCGACCAACAUUCAGGUUACCUGCCGCCCUCUCGUACCUUUACCCCUCUGCUGGAUGUCCCUGUGGAUAACUACACAUCUUCCACUGCACGUUCACGCACUCCAAGCCCCUCACCCAGUCAUAGCUUCCUCCUUAAUGGAUCUCCUUACAACACCCAGCGUGGACACCAACCUCACCGCUUCCCGAACAGGAGAGAGAAUGGGACACUGAGGUACGACCAGGCAUCUUUGUUGUCUGUAUCAGACUGUGGAGAUGCCACUCCAGAGCGUGGGAGGUCACCUGUGAGGAACAGCCAUGGCAGGGGCAGGAAAGAGGGGAGUCCUGACAGCAUAUACGGCAGACAGAGCCGGAAGGAUGGCUACACUGAGGUCAGUGUGCGGGUUCCCUCACAGGAGAGGAGAAGAACCCCUCUAGAUGAAGUUUUUAUCCCCCGAAGAGAGAAAAGCCCCUCUUUGGGCAUGGAACGUAGCCUGCAGGUAAAUGGACACUUUCAAAAUGGUCAAGAAAGAAAAGAACCUACACCAACCGAGGAGUAUGAAAUUACAACUCUGACCAUCCCUAAGGCCAAGCAAUCACUGGGUAUUAGCGUCUCUGGAGGUAUCGAGUCUAAGAUCCAGCCUGUGAUAAAGAUUGAGAAAAUCUUUCCAGGAGGAGCUGCAUCUACAAAUGAGGCUCUAAAGGCAGGCUAUGAGCUUAUGUCUGUCGAUGGCGAGAGUCUGCAGGGAGUGACUCAUCAGCACGCUGUGGACGUUAUACGCCGCUCCUUCAGCAACAAGGACAGAGACCCAAUGGUUUUUGUGGUGAAGAUCCCAAAGGUCCUCCACCUCCCCACCAGUAGCAUGAGAGCUGCUGAGUAAAGACACUGUGUGCCUUACCAGUUAAUGACAACAAAACCUGCAACUCCUUAGGGAAACUAAAUUAAUGAAGCAGACUUUUAUUUUAAAACUUUUUUUUUGCCACAUGCACAUGUGAGAUAACUUUUUUAUUUUAUGAAAUGCGUAUGUUUUACAUGAGCACUAAUGGUAUUCAAGUCUUGUUUUUCUAAAGGACAGUAUAGGAAAUGUUUAUUAUAUGAUUUAUACAUGCUCUAGAUUGACAGCCUGUCACUGUUUAACAGGCCUAUUUGGGACUUUUUAGCACUGCCUGAGAGUGAGCAGCCAUCAGAAAGGCUACCAGAAGGAGAUUAUCCCAGUUUGUGUUAUGAGAUUUAUAGAUUCAUACCCAGAUUAAAGCUCUGUAUUAUCUCCGACCUGAGAGUUUGAUUUUAGUGGAUAUGUAGGGUGUGUGUG